CAAAGUAAAAUACACCUAUUAUAAUUUAAGACAAAACGUUGAUCAUGGGAUUAUCUUUGUCUCCUUCUUUAUAAUUGAAGAUGGCGGAUCAGAAUAAAUAUUUAAUUUAUAAAUAUAUGUUUUAUCAUUGCCAUACAAAAAUGUCCGGGACCUGACUGGAUUUCCACUUUACCAACCGGGUCUGGGUCUGGGUCCAUCGAAUUAAAUGCCUGACAAUAUCACCGCCGUGAUUUAGCUAGUAUUUAGAAAUGGUGCAUUUUAAUACAUUUUAGUUAACAAUUUAUGCUGUAAAACACUGUUCAUCGGUCGUUAUUCUCAAUUUAGCAAAUAAUGUCGGGAGCGGCCGCCGGAGGGGCGUCCUCUUGCAUCGGCGCAGCCGCUGCCAGUUGUAGCUCAGCUGGGUCGUCCUAUGUUGCAGCGGGCGGGGAAGUGGGAAUAGCAGGCAGGCUACCUAGUCGGGUUCUGGAGCAUGUGUUCUCCUAUCUGGACUUGUAUGAUUUGAUGCGGUGCUCGUUGGUGUGCUGGCACUGGAACAACUGCCUCGCUGAUGAGAACAGCGAGGUGUGGCGGAGUCUGUGCGCUCGCUCUCUUAGUGAAGAGGCACUGCGUUCCGACAUUCUUUGCAAUCUGACAACAUACAAGGGAAAGCUCAAGUCCUACCUGCACGCUCUGAGUUCCCACGACUGCUCACGCAACGUCUACAUGAAGAAGAACGGUUUCACCCUUCACCGCAACCCCAUCGCCCAGAGCACCGACGGAGCCCGUGGCAAGAUCGGCUUCUCUGAGGGCCGCCAUGCCUGGGAGAUCUGGUGGGAGGGGCCCCUGGGGACCGUGGCAGUGAUAGGCAUUGCCACUAAGCGUGCUGCCAUGCAAUGCCAGGGCUAUGUGGCCCUCCUGGGAAGUGACGACCAGAGCUGGGGCUGGAAUCUGGUGGAUAACAACCUGCUCCACAAUGGGGAGGUGAACGGGAACUUCCCUCAGUGCAACAACGCACCCAAAUACCAGUGUAAUGGUGUCCAUCCACAGAUCGGGGAGAGGAUACGAGUGAUUCUUGACAUGGAUAACAAGACCUUGGCCUUCGAGAGAGGCUUUGAGUUUCUGGGAGUGGCCUUCAGAGGGCUGCCUAAAGCCUGCCUCUUCCCGGCUGUCUCAGCUGUCUAUGGCAACACUGAGGUGACCAUGGUCUACCUUGGCACGCCUCUGGAUGGAUAGCACCGCCACAACACCCGCUGGUGCCACGUCACAUCAGGUGUGCCAAGGAUAAUGACUGAUGGUUGACACCGAGAGGAUUCUAAACGAACAUUCCACAACCACAGGGAUGGACUGCAAAAUCAACAUGGAUGAGAGUGAACUAUUGAUGGACAAGAGGGUUUGACUAGGUUUUUGGGAAGUGAUAAUUGAUAGAGGGUGGGGGACUGGGGGCUGUUUCAAAGGUGUUUCUGACUCAACGUGGAUCCUAUCCACAUCAGCUGCUGGACCAUUUUAUUUACAGUACGGGAGGACUUUGCUUGUUUUUUUAAAUGUUAUUUUAGGAAGUAACAACACUGAGUCCUGUACAUGCGGACGGUUUUAUGAUGUCUGUUCCUAUGAGGCAAAACCAAAUAUGAACUGUGGCAAAUAAAGACCAAUCAUAACGUGUGUGUGACAAUGCAAGUUGUAACAUUUCUAGAGUACACGUGUAACUGCCAUGGAUGGAACAGCAAGGGGGACACUUCAGAGGACUAUACCGUAUGGGACACUUGGAAAAGACUGCUUCAGUAGAAAAGCUAGUCAUUGCAGUAUAACUGAAACGUCUCCUCUCUUCAGAUACAUUGUAUAGGAGAGCAGAAGUGAGGAGACCAUGCUACUGUGAAUCCAUUUUAAUUGUGGUGGUAUUCAUCAUAGUAUUUCAUUAUAUUUAUUUAUAGGUUUUAAUUCGUGGUACUAUUGAAGAGGUCAUGGAACCUUCAAAAUAAAGUCUACCUGGUGUCA